AUGUCGAGCCGAAUCCUUCUUCCCAGCACUCGGUUUGUUUGCCGGCGCUGUACAGGCCACCUCCGGACCAAGCUCCCUCGAUUCUACAGCACCAGCGCCGAACCUGAUAUCUACGAUGUCGUGUGUGUUGGAGGUGGGCCUGCUGGACUUAGUCUCUUGGCUUCUCUCCGCGCCAAUCCCGUAACUAGUGGCCUACGAGUCGCCCUCGUCGAAGCCCAAGACCUCACAAAGCUCCCCGACUGGUCCCUCCCGUCCGACAAGUUCUCCAACCGAUGUGUCUCCCUCACACCGACUUCAGCGCACUACCUAAACGACAUUGGUGCCUGGUCGCACAUGAAGCGAGAUCGUAUCCAGGAAUAUCAAGAGAUGCAAGUCUGGGAUGGCGUGACGGGCGCCCGGAUCGAGUUCGACACUCUCCCGGGCUCCAAGAGCGGAGACGUCGUAGCUUACAUGAUUGAGAAUGUGAAUAUGACACACGGCCUUUUACGUCGAAUCCACGAACUCGGUGGUGUAUCCAUCUUCGACAGCGCCAAGGUCGAGGAGAUUUCCCUCGGCGAGGAGACGGAGGGUAUGGAUCUCAGCGAGUGGCCCGUUCUACAGCUAUCGAGCGGGAAGAAACUAUGGGCGAGGCUACUAGUUGGCGCCGAUGGGGCCAACAGCCCCGUGCGAACCUUCGCGGACAUCCCGAGCCGAGGCUGGGCCUACGAGAGGCACGGCGUAGUUGCUACUCUCCAAAUUGAAGAUGACGGCUAUGGCGGCCACGGCAUGAAGACCGCGUAUCAACGCUUCCUGCCCACUGGCCCACUCGCCAUGCUUCCCCUCCCCGGAAACUUCGCGACGAUGGUAUGGUCGACGACGGUCGAAAACGCAGCGAGGCUCAAGAGUCUUGCUCCCGCCGACUUUGUCGCCCUCGUCAACGCUGGCUUCCGUCUCAGCCCCGUCGACCUGGAGUACAUGCACAGCCAGCCCUCCGGCCAGGUAGACGAGCUCAACUGGAGACUCCAGCAUACGCAGUUCAACCAGUACGGCGUUCCCCAAGUCGUCACGGGUGUCCAGGAAGGGACCGUUGCGUCCUUCCCCUUGCGCCUUCGUCACGCCGAUAGCUACAUCGGCGAGCGCGUCGCCCUCGUCGGAGACGCCGCGCAUACCAUCCACCCACUUGGCGGUCAGGGCCUCAACCAAGGCCAGGGAGACGUCCAGAGCCUCGUCCGCGCCAUCGAAUACGCGGUCAGCCAUGGCCAGGAUAUCGGCACGCGGAUAUCGCUUGAGUCGUACAACGCCGAGCGAUAUGCCGUCAACCAUGUGAUCCUGGGCGUGUGUGACAAGCUUCACAAGAUUUACUCCUUUGGAAGUGGUCCCCUCGUACCUCUGAGGUCUUGGGGUCUGAACGCUGUGAAUGCUAUGAAGCCUGUGAAGGACUUCCUCAUGGGCCAGGCGUCUGGGAGUGGCGCCAAGCUGUUCUAA